GGCAGCCGCCGCAACGGCCGCUGUUUGUGUGUGUGUGUGCGUGCCUGGGCUUGGUUUCCAAUGCAGUGCGCAAUACAAUACAAUGCAAUACAAGCACAAUGCAAUACAAUGCCAGCGAAACAAAAGAAGAAUUGGCCUACGGUAGCACUGCCGACAAGCCACUGACCGAGAAGAGCGCCAUCGGCAGGGCCGCGGCCAGCAAGAAUGCUUCCGUCCCAAGGAACAACAACAACAACAACAACAACAACAACAACACGAGCGAAACUAGUAGUAGCAAGACGUCACCAGCAGAUAAGACUAGAUACGCGAUGAACCUGGUCGUGCUUCUUGCCCAGGCCUUCCUUUCCAAAACCUAGACUGCUUGCAAUGGUAUGCUACGAACGUUUCCAAAUCACAGGACCAGAAAUCUGUACAGGGCACGUCACGUCACGUCAAAUAAAAAAGAAUUCUUAUACCAAAGCAAAAGGCACACAAAGGCACCCGGCAUCGAAAUCCACACGGAUCGUUCCUUCGUCGUCUUCCACACCGCCCAAGAAUCGCAUCGUGCAUGCGUUCGAUGGACGGGUCCGUCUGCCGGGACCCAAGCCGGUGUGGCAUCGCGUCGCGUCGCAUCGCUACGGCUUGACGGGGCGGUCGCGCAUCAGGGCGUCGUGGAGCAGGACCAGGCCUUCGCCUCCCAGAAUCGCCGCCAUCGUCCAGAAGGAAGCCCCGGCGGCCUUGGCCUUCUCCUCCUCCUCCCCGCUCACGAGGAGAAUCGAGCCCGCCACCUGCGAUGCCCCCAGGGCCAGAAACAGGUUUUGCCUCAAAAAGGUCCCCUUGUGCGCGUGGGUGAAGAGAACCGCGAGUUUCGCGGCCGCAAGGACCAAGAGAUUCACGCCCGACAGUUUGGAGUAGGCCUUCUGGCCCGGAACGAGCUCGUCCGGAUUUUUGGUUCCCCAGAAGUAGGCCUGGAGGUCGUGCUCUUUUGGGAGGAACGGAAUCUUGGCACCCGGGGCAAAGAGGUUCCGGAGGCCCAGCACCAACAAGGUGGUCGAGGCAGCACCAGAAAUGAUCUUGACGUGCGGGGGCGGUGUCAUGGUUGUCUUUUUUCUUCAGUCGAACGAAAAGCAAAAAAAGUACCGUAGUAUCGAUUAUUAGCGGGUAAUCCGGAGAGCACAGAGUCCGCUGCUUCAAGGAUAUUUGUUGUGAACAAUGAACGCUGUGACUUACG